AAAGCACGUUUGAAAGCUCGUCCAAUGGCAAGUCACAGUUGACUCGACCACCAAUCAUCCAAGAACCAAACAAAUCGUUUCUCACAAAAGUUGCCGAUUUCUUCAUCGACUUGUUGCUGGGAAUACUUUGCCUUCCUUACGAUCUGAUCUUUGGUAAUUACUGGAGCACAACUGCUCCAGUUACUGGGCGGAAUUCAAGCGAACAGUCGGCUUGGUGGACUGCGCCCUUCCGUUGGACUUAUCAGUUGAUGAUGAUGCUGUUCUCUUGGGAGAUAAAGAUUCUGAUUUCUGUACGCCAAGCCUUCCACAAUUUCGGACUACGAACAGCUUUUAAGCUAUUCUUACUUUUAGUAAUAAUCGGCGGAAUGGUCUUUGCUUAUGGAUACUAUGGAGUUGAGUUGGAUACCAUUCAGAUGCCUUCGAUCAACAUCUCUGACUUGCAAAACUUCACAAAUUGGGACUAUUCUGGGGCAAUCGAACUGCUCAAACCUUUGAACAUGUCGUGGGCUUACGACCAUUACGCCAAUUACAUGAAUAUUGGUUGGAUUUAUCAAUAAUCACUUGUCUAUUUGAACAUCAAUUCACCUAGGUUUGUAAUUUGAAAGCCUUAAGCUGACAACAGUGUCAGUGAAUAGUAAAAAUAUGAUUCUCAUGGUUUCUUAUUGGACUAUUCACAGUCAGCCCGGCCGAGUGAGUAUGCAUAAUACCAUUAGAACUUAUGGGAAUUAUAUUUUCACUGUUGUGUGCGAAUACAGCUUUAUUCAUAGAUGAAUACAGACAUACCCGUAAUAAUGUGACUGUAAACAAUGAUCUCUCAAUGAACAAGAUGUUAUAACAUUAUGAAAUGUAAACAUCACUGUGUAACAUAUGUGCCAGUUGCUCAAAAGCCUGUGAAUUUUAAUCGUGAUUAAAUUUUACGAGAACCAAUCAGAGAAGCCUUGUCUGAUUGGUUUUCGUGGCAUUUAAUCAUUAUUAAUAUUAUUUUGUGCAACCGGCUUAUGAAAUGUAAGCACACUUUGUAAAAUUACGAAAAAAUGUAAGCAUCUGUCCAAUAUUGUGCCUUGAAGCGCCUUAAUCUGACGAAUACCUUUUUUCAGAUAUAAACUCAGCAUGGAUAUAAAUAAAAAUAUUAAUAUAAUCUGGGUAGCCUUUUUAAAUUAUUUCAUCAGUGAAAUUAUUUAGUUACUAAAUUAUUAAUGACAAAAUAAUUUAAAAAGGGGAUUCAGAUUUAUAUUUUUAUUUAAAGUAGCCCUAAGAAAAAUAGACACUCAGUAUAGAAUUGAAAGUAAUACUAUUGUAUUGUAAGGUAUGACUAGACAUUCAAUGUCUGUGUUGGAAAAGUUGAUUAUACGUUGUAAUUUUGAAGUAAUGGGAUUUCUAUGCGGGUUUUAUGUGAAAAAAUGUAUGAAUAAUUGAUAUUACAUAAUUCAUCACUUUUGUAUUUGUUUGUUAACAUUAUACAGUAGGGGUAUUCACAAUGUUGUUUUAGCCAGCUAAAGUGCUAUUUGAUAACUCUGGAUUUUGAACGCCCCAUCUAAAACCAUCUGCUAUUAGCUAAUUGCAGUAGCGAUCCAAGCGGAUAAUUUGUUUGACUCAAAGUUUAUUAUAACUCAAAAGUAAGAUUAUAAGCAUAUGGCUGCCGUUUUAACAGAGAUAGCUAGAGUUAGCGGACUCAAAUCAGCGCUAUCUGCUAUCUCGUCUGUUAUUUUUUUUCUAACGUACCACUAUAGCAUUGAGUUAACACAGACUUAGCAAAUAGCUGGAGUUAGCGAAUAGCUCGACUUGGCCAGCUAACUCCAACAUUGUGAAUACCCCUAAUUAAUUAGGGGUAUUCUAUAAAUAUUAUAAAUUAUUAGGGGUAAAAUACAUGGAGUGAUAUUACUUGGUUGGUAUUAUUAUUAUUAUUAUUAUUGACCAUAGUAGUCAAAACUCAAGAUUUGAAUAUGCCGUCAUAUAUAAUCAUCAUACAUCACCGUCAUAUUAAAUAUCAUUUCACGUCGUAUAUCAUUGUUAAACUACUACAGUAUGAAGCCGGCUCCAUACUGAAAACAAAUGUUCGACAAACAUGUUUGUUGAAGCAGUUUGGGCAAAUUUUAUUAUGUUUGACAAACAAUGUUUGCCCGUGGUCAGUGUGGACGCGUCACCGAACAAAAUAUUUGUAAGUGGGGAGAAACAGUAGUAAUUUUUGUUUGACAAACAAUGAUUGUCCAAGCUUUUUAAAAUGUUUGUCCCUGAGCCCCUCAACAAACAUGUAUGUCGAACAUUUGUCCAUUGUGGACACAGCUUGACAUUGGUGCUACAAAAUCUUUUGAUACAAUCUUUUAUAGAUCACUGCUUAUUUAUAUUAUACUCAUCAUAGUUUACUAGUGUAUUUAUCGUUUGAAUCUAUUUUGUUAUGCUUGUUUGAAAGUAAUUAAUUUUGAUAUUAUUUAUGUUUUAGUCCUUAGAUUAGUAUACCUUAAAUUUUAUCUAACCAAAGUAGUUUCUAGUUCAUUAGUUGCGUUUUCUGUAACAUUACUAACCAAAAAUUGUUGUUUCAAGUACCGCAUCAAUUUUUUUGACUAAUGAAGUCUGUCUAAUGUUUAAUUUUUCAAAAUCUGGCUUGUAAGAAUUUGAAGCGUACAUAAAAUCAAUACAUACUCUACAUCUACAUGUUUUACAUGAUUAAUUUAACUGUCGUAGCAAGAGUUCGAAAUUUUACUGUCUUAUUGUAACUAGUACCAUAGAGAAACAACAGCGUAAGUAGAUAUCCCAUGGUAUAGGGAAUUUAUGUCGCAACUUUUACUGUUAUCUCAAGCCGAUUACUAUCGAUUAUUUUCAAUUUUUACUGUUUUGUUGGGGAAAUAGUGUAUGAACGACACAAUUUGAGAGACUACCAGCGUCACAGAGCUGCAUAGGAAAGAACUACGUGAACUAUCGGCUUGGGAUAACAGUAAAAGUUGCGACAUAAACGCCCUAUACCAUGGGAUAUCUAUCUACUUAUGCUAUCGUUUCUCUAUGCUAGUACCUAUGUGACAUUAUAUUUAAUUAUUGUUUUAAUGAUUCUUUAGUUGAGUAAUUGAAUCUAAACUUAAAGCCUACAUGAAACGAAUAUUGAGACUGUAAAUAAGUCAUUGGUGAUCCCUUACAUAACAAGAAAAAAGUUGAAAAAACUAAAUUUCUCAUUACUGACUUGAAAAGAGAGAACUAAUUUUAUGUCGACUGAUUAAGCUACUUAUAUUGUAACUCUAUUGUAUGUAAUACAUGCAUAACUUUUUAAAUAAUCAUUCUCGGCAGUUGAAAUUGGUUGUUAGAUAUUUUUUUUGUAACGGACUGUUAUAUUUAUUUGUAUGCUUGAAUUUUAAUAUUAACAUUAAGCUAAGCCAAAUAUUUAAAAAAAUUAAGUACCUAAUACCUUUACUAACAUUUUUUAUAAAUCUAAAUAUAUAUUUUGUAUUGCUUGUUAUAUUAACUUAACUAGAAUUUUAUCACAUCACUGUUUUUGCUUUUACCAAUAUUAUAUUUUAGUUACCACGUACACAUUAUUUAAUUAUGAGAUUUUUGUCCUCAAAUUCAUGUCCUGCUAGAAAUCAAAACUGAAACUUAUUAUAUUGAUCUUCAUGAAAAUGUAAAAUAAAUUAUUAUCUAUUAUCAGUUCAAUCGCCAUUGUGCCAUGUUGAUGAACGUUGCUUUAAGAUUUUCUAGUAUAAAGUUUUAUUACUCUAUUAUGCAAUCUUUUAUUUUUAUUGUUAUCUGUAGUUGCUGAAGUGAUAUAUUUUAUAUAAUAAUCUACUGUAAUUUUAAAACUUUAUCCAUAGUGGCCUAUAUUGUUGAUAGGUUUUUAAACCAUCUGAAUCUCAAAUAUUUAUCUUUCAUAUUUGUCUUUUUAAACUUCCUACAUGAAGCAUACAUUUCAAAUAUUUUGUAAUUAAAAUGUGACUAUUUGCGCCAAGUGUUAUAAAAGUACAAAAAUUUUGUCAUAAUUUAUUUUUUGUAAAAAGUUUAUUUUUAAAUUGUGAGUGAAAUGCUAUGUAAAAGUUGACAGUAAUAAAUUUAUUAUUACCAAAA